AUGGGAAAAACGCAAAUAUGGGAAAAACGCAAAUAUGGGAAAAAGGAUCACGAAAUAUAUGAGAAACGCAAAUAUGGGAAAAACGCAAAUAUGGGAAAAACGCAAAUAUGGGAAAAACGCAAAAAUGGGAAAAACGCAAAAAUGGGAAAAACGCAAAUAUGGGAAAAACGCAAAUAUGGGAAAAACGCGAAUAUGGGAAAAACGCGAAUAUGGGAAAAACGCGAAUAUGACAAAAACGCAAAUAUGGCAAAAACGCAAAUAUGGCAGAGACGCGAAUAUGGCAAAAACGAGAAUAUGGAAAAAAGCAAAUAUGGCAAAAAUUCUAAUAUGGCAAAAAAGGAAAUAUAUCAAAAAAGCAAAUAUGACAAAAAAGCAAAUAUGGCAAAAAAGCAAAUAUGGCAAAAAAGCAAAUAUGGCAAAAAAGCAAAUAUGGCAAAAACGCGAAAAUGGCAAAAACGCGAAUUUGGCAAAAACGCGAAUUUGGCAAAAACGCGAAUUUGGCAAAAACGCGAAUAUGGCAAAAACGCGAAUUUGGAAAAAACGCGAAUAUGGCAAAAACGAGAAUAUGGAAAAAAGCAAAUAUUCCAAAAAUGCAAAUAUGGCAAAAAAGGAAAUAUAUCAAAAAAGCAAAUAUGGCAAAACAGCAAAUAUGGCAAAAACGCGAAUAUGGCAAAAACGCGAAUAUGGCAAAAACGCGAAUAUGGCAAAAACGCGAAUAUGACAAAAACGCGAAUAUGA